GGGACAAACAAGAAAAUACUGUCAUCUGUGUGUCAUAUUUUUAUAGAAUUGCUUAUCAGGAUCAGACUAAAUCCAAACCAUCAAGAUUUUUCUUCAGUCCUGGACAAGCAAGUACAGAAAUGGAUAAGUUUUCUAAUAAUGAAGAUGAAACUGGAUCCAAAAGCAUCUCAACUGAUGAAAUUGUAGAUAAGAUAUUACCAUACAAACAAGAAAGGACAGAAACUGAUGAAAUUUCUGAUAAUGAAAAUAAAUUUUACACAAUUAUCUCCCUUGAUGAGGCUUCUGGUCACUCAUCACAAAUACAGAUGAAUUGCCAAUCUGGAGAAAAUAUUGCUACUGUUUGUACUGUCUGUGGUAUAGAGUGUAGUAGUAAUGAAAAUCUAGUGGGACACAUGAGAACACAUAGUGGCAUCAAACUUUACAAGUAUAAUGUUCAUGGUAGAUCUUAUAAUCCAUUUUUUAAAUGUGAUGUAUGUGAUAAAGUGUUUAGUAAAAAUUGGAUUCUUAAGAGACACAUGAGAACACAUAGUGGAAUUAAACUUUACAAAUAUAAUGUAUGUGCUAGAUCUUAUAAAUGUGUAAAUGAUGAAACUGGAUCCAAAAGCAUCUCAACUGACGAAAUUUUAGAUGAGGUAUUACCAUACAAACAAGAAAGGACAGAAACAGAUGAAAUUUCUGAUAAUCAAAAUAAAUCUUACACAAUUAUCUCCCUUGAUGAGGCUACUGGUCACUCACAAAUACAGAUGAAUUGCCAAUCAGUAGAAAAUAUUGAUACUGUUUGUACUGCCUGUGGUAUAGAGUGUAGUAGUAAUGAAAAUCUAGUAGCACACAUGAGAACACAUAGUGGCAUUAAACUUUACAAAUAUAAUGUAUGUGCUAAAUCUUAUAAAUGUGAUGUAUGUGAUAAAGUGUUUAGUCAGAAUCAGACUCUUAAAAUACACAUGAGAAUACAUACUGGAGAUUAACCUUUUUGAUGUGAUUUAUGUUCUAA